UCGGGGGGUUUUCGGCAGCGCCGCGGCUCAGGCCGUGCGGUGCGAGCGAUCGGCGACCCCCGCCCCGGACCCCCCUGCCCUGCCCGCCCGCCGGAGCCGCCGGAGCCCGCACACAGCCCAGGUUUAGAUCUGCACCAGAACCAAGAUCAGGAACCAUGGCAUCCAUCCCAUCCAGCGGCUCGCUCAUGGCCACGCACAACUAUCGCAGAAGGCGCCUGAGCUCCACAUCCAGCACCAGCUCCUGCAGCUCAGAGUACUCUGGGGAGGUCAUCCCCCACGGCCCGGAUCUGCCCAAGGCUGACCCUGGCCAGUGGUGGGCCAGCUUCUUCUUUGGGAAGACUGCUCACCCGGCCAUGACAACCGUGUCAGAGUCCCAGGAGAGCCUGGGAGCUCUGCGGGUGGCCACUGGACCGAUGGCCUGUGCCCUGGUGGCAGCCCCGGGCGCGGGGCGGAGGCGCCACGCCAGCGAGUCCAGCUCAGGACCCUCGGUGUGAGCGGGUCGGCGGCUGCUCCUCCCCACCCCGGCGGGCACUGCCCCUCCCCUGUAGAGUAGCUGGCUGCUCCAAGGACAAGGUGCUGCUUUCUGAUGGAAAAGUUCAGCCACCCCGACGAUUCCACUCCAGCCUUUUUACUCUCCCGGUGUAACUAAGCCCUUUCAAAGCAGACUUGGUAACACGUUUUUAUUACCUUSAACUCGUGCAAUGGUGACCAAUAAACUGGAGCAGCCUUUUAAAA